UUGGGUAACAGACUUCUGUUCUUGCCUUCUGCAAAGAAUAUGUCCAUGCUUGUGGUUGAAUCUAAUCCAUAUUCUACUGAUUUUGGUAUUCCAUAUCCCACAUACUUACAUUUGGCAAAGGACUUUGAAGUGUUCAUUUGGCAAGACCGGAUGAGGAAAUUAGAAAGGAAGUGGCUCUUCUCCUUUGUUGGUGCCUUGAGUCCUGCCAAUGCCAAGUCAAUUAGAGAGCAAUUUGUUAAUCAAUGCAAGAACUCCAAUGGCUGCAAGCUGUUGGAAUGUGAUUUUGGGGAGAGAAAGUGUCAUUCUCCAAGCAGGAUAUGCAGAUCAUACUGAGCUCCUCUUUUCUGCCUGCAACCUCAGGCUGAAUCAUACGCUAGAAGAUCAGCUUUUAAGUCUUGUCCAUGUUAGCUGGUUUCUUAUCUGUCUUCUUCAACACAAUAGACUUAGCCUCUUCCAAGGAAUUAUACAAAGUAUUCGGUGUUCAUUCCAAAGGAUUGCAUCCGUAAGAGGAAUGUUAGCAUAGAGUAAAGGCUUCUUCAAAUUUCUCUUGAGCAGGUAAAAAUCAUGAGGGAGGAGGUUAUUCUUAUUCCAUGGCUGGUGUAUGCAGAUCCUCACUCUAAAUUGGAGACUCUUAUAGAUGCAUAAUGCAUUUGAUGUUUCUGUACAACAGUCAUUGACAAAAUUACCAAGCUGAGGAGGGACGUCAUUGAAUGUCAUACAGAUGAUUUUAUUGAGGAGAAAAGUUGGAAAUAUGCUCUGUUGGAAGGGGGGCAGCAUGAAGUGGGGCCUCAUUGGUGGGAUCCUUUCCUUUUGAAGCCAUAUAAUGGCAAUGAGGGUUCUAGUGAUGCAUCUGCACAAGCUACAAAAAAUUCAUGGAAGAAUGAGUGGAGAUCUCAAUCAUGAAAGAGGUAAUGAUCUGUCAAUAUAAUUACGGUAAUGUCUAAAGCACAGAGAAUGCAGCUUAGAAGAACACUGCCCACCUAGUCAGGAAGAUUACCGGUAUGAACCCUUCUCAGGGCUUGUCAUGAACCCAUUGUAGAGCUUAUCGUCAAGUUUAUCAGCCCAUAUCCUUGUUUAGGACCAAAACAAAGACAUAGUCACUGCUUAUAUGUUUUUUUAUAGGACAUUUACUUUUUGCAAUUUCGAAUCUGUUUGUGAUACUUUGUAAAGCUGAGGUUUCAUCAUAUUAUCAACUUUAUGUUAAUUUCCCAUCAAUGCAUACAGUAAAUAGUAAGGAGUGAUUAAUGAUCAUUUCAAAGUUUUAAUAUAGGGAUUUAGAGGUUUGAUUGUAACUUUACCCGGAUGCAAUAAUCUUAGCCUAAAUUACACCACUACGUA